AUGCGGUCCGGCAACAUGACGGGCGGGGGCUGUUUGAGGCGUGGGUGUAAGACAGCAACUCCAUCAAAGAUAUGUUAUCACCGUGUUGUCACGUGCUACGCCCACUCAGCCAGGUUGCGCGGUUCACGUCGCCGCCAAGGCCAAGCACCACCACGCCGUGAGACCAUUGCAGACCAGGCGGCGCAAGACGGACCCAGCCACGGACCUAAACCCUCCACCCCUCCUCACGGUACGACGUCUCAGUUCACCAAUGAUUGAGCGCGAACGGACCGUUCGGAGAGGCGACCCACUACCUCAAGUUGCCACUCGCACGCUGGAGGAAGGCCAUGAGUUCGAAUUCGCCAACACGCGGAUGUUGGCGCGAGCCGGCAACAAGACGGGGCGAGAGCUGUUGAAGGCGUGGGUGUCGGACACCAACUCUAUCAACAGACACAUCGAUUUGCCCCGUGUUAUCACGCGCUCCGCCCACGCAGCCAAUUGGUACAGCUCACAUCGCCGCAAAGUGCAAAUGGCGUCACCACGCCGGGGAACCAUUGUGGAGCACAAACCAGACCUACCUACGAGCGUAAUCCUUCCCUCACGGCACAACGGUAUAAAUGUUCACACGAUGCUGCACUCUAUCAGUCUCUGAUGAUGAACUCCUGUUCGAGUUCGAAAGUUAAGACCAAUAAAUCUACCGUCCCAGUGAUCGUGCCUUCGCUGUCUUUUAAACGACUAUAAAUGUUCACGCAUUGUUGCACUUCAAUAGUCUAGGAUGACGAACUGUUUGAGUUCGAGAGCUCAUUCUAGUAGCGCUACCAUCCCAGCGAUUGUGCCUUUGUCUUCUUUGCAGCACUUCGUUUUCCAGACUUGCAUCUUUCUGAGGCUUCUGGUUGUUCACUCGUUGGAACAGCAUGCACUAACUGUCAUUCCUGUACAAGGCACGGGUAAUUGUUCCUUUAAAACUCGUAAACAUAUCCACAUCGUGCAUAUUGUGUGAUGAACGGCUAAUUUCUUUGGUUGAAUUUCGGCAAUGUGACGUAUGGUUACUAGUCAAGACAAGUUUUUUGACUGGAUUUUAUCAUGAAAGAUAGGCGAAGAAAAGAAAAGUGCGUCAAGGACAAUCGGCGGUCAAUGUCUCGAAAUUGGAUUUGCCUGUGCGCCUCGUUGGUCGUGGGGGGAUGUUUGGUGUACCAACUGAUCGAGUUCCUCUCAGACUGCAGAACUGUUUUACAUUUGCUCUGAAAAUGACUCUUACGAUGGCUAGACAGAAGUGCCAGUUCUCCUUAGUUACCCUGUUGCCUACCUGCUGCGUUUUCGCACAUGCAUGAUACUUUUUUUCCGAAUUAAUAAGGCAGUUAGACAAAACAUGAACUCGUGACAUAUGGCAGAUGUUGCCAGCUUUAUCUAGCCUGUUAAACUUAUCUCUGAUGUUCAUAAAACAUUCUCCCAUUGUCGUUACUGACGUUCUGUAAUUCAAAACGCAAGUUCUGACACCACACAGAACGUUCCUAGCAUACGGCACUAAAUCUUUUACUUACAGCAUUCAUUAGAGUCAAUACGAAGGUAUCCGCAGUAAAAGUUAAACGCGACUCCACACAAGUAUGUCGCACUAACGACAUAUAUUACCUGAAUUUUUCUGCAAUGCCUCAUUAUCACUGAACCCGUUUGAUAAACGUCCUCACGCGGCAUAGCCAGUGUUUACAGUGAGUGGUAACCUUAGAAACCAAACAUUUAUGAAGCCUGUCUUGUAAACUUUAUUAAAUUGUACUCAAAAGCAAACUCAUUUAUCAGGUUAGAAUAUGUGGGAAUCCAGGAUUCUGAAGUUAAAACUAAAUGGCACUUAAAUAGCUGGCAGAUACCGAGGAGGAAGAGGAGAAGAAGGAGGAGGAGGAGAAGGAGGAGGAGGAGGAGACUUCAGAUGAAGGAAAGUUGUGCUGCUAA